GGAAGAGGCAGAGAGUGUGUGAUGUCUGGGUGUGGACUUAAAGAGGGCUGGGCAGAGGUUACUAGUCUUUGUGCAUUUAGACUCUGAAUUGAUCGUCCUUGAGAACAGGAGGAUUUAGACUUGAAGAGACGCACAGCCACCAACACACCGUCAACAUGCUGAUCCUCCUUGCUGCCAUCUUUGUCCUCCACAUCAUAGGCAUCAUCCUCCUCCUGGUGGCCACCAUUGACAAUGCUUGGUGGAUGACUAACACCAUUGCCACUGACGUGUGGGCCCGUUGGAUACAGACAGACGGAGUGUGGAACUACACUGAUCUUCCCAAUAUCCCAAGCUACCCAUCCGAUUACCUCCAGGCAGUGCAGGCCAGCUCGGUGCUCGCCUGCAUAUUCUCCAUCCUGGGCAUCUUUGUGUUCGUGGCUCAGCUCUUCACCCUCCCGAAGGGACAGAGGUUCACCAUCUCCGGCCUUUUCCAGCUCCUUUCCUGCCUGAGCAUCAUGAUCGCUGCCUCCAUCUACACGGACCGCUUCCACAAAGACGAGAGCGUCGGCUGGUACGGGCACAGCUACAUCCUGGCCUGGAUCGCAUUCUCCCUCACGUUCAUCUCCUCCAUCACUUACUUUGUGCUACGUAAGAAGACGGCGUGAGACGGACACUUGAACUAACACCAACCAGCCCAAUAACCGCUGGCCGGAUCUACGCUGCCAGCUGAAAUCUGAUUUUAGUCACAGACGGUGUAAAUUGUGAUUACGCCAGCCUGUUGUUGACAUCAGACUUGAGUUGUUAGGGUAUAUUCAGCUGCAGAUGAAGCCUGUUGAUCUUCUCAAAUAAAUAGUGUGGUUUGAUUGAUCUUGCUCUCCGAUAGUCAGGGUUUCACUCGUUCUGCAGUUAAAGGCAAGUUCAAUCAAUCACAGUUGUAUUUGAGUGCUGUUUCUAAAGCAUCUAAAGAUUAGGAAUAUUCUUUUUGUUAACUGAACAAAGUUUGCCUUACAAUUUAAGAUGCUGUGAUAAAUUAAGAUCUACCAAUGUUCCUGGCUUGUGACAAAGGCAGGUUGAGGAGUAAAAUCUGUGGUCUUUUUUGCUGUUUCAUUCUUGUUGUAAUGAACACUUUCUCGUAUAGAUAUGAGUGUUGGAUAAAAAUGGGUGAGUUUAUGAUUUUUCACUUAUCUUAUUGUUAGUUCAUCAAUUAUAUUCCACUUAUCUCCUCUUAUUUUAAAUAAUUAGACAGAGUAAAAGUCUUAAAAGACUGAAAAUAAAAAAAUUACACAUACACUGUUUUGGCAAAACAUAAAUGUAGGACAGAGAAAUCAACAGUUGGGUAGUUGGGCUAAAAAUGAAUGAAUCAUUAAUGCGUUCAUCUAAAGUUUAACCCACAUUUAAAGCGGUAAUUUGAGCCGUUUCCCCCCUUUCUGCCGCCCAGCGUGACAGAAAACUGCCUUUUAUCUUAAAACGUGAGAUACAGUUUGUAAAUAGGUCUUGUUUCCCAAAAUGCUCUUUAUGUCUAAUGCUGUUUUAUUUUUGCUACUGUUAUGGAUGCAAUGCCAAUGAUUUUUACAACAUUAAAACUUGAUUCCCAACUAC